AUGUCAGGAUUCCUUACAAUCGGAAUACCCACAGUUUGUAGAAAGAAGCAACAGUACAUCCUAAAUACACUAGACUCUGUGAUCAGUGGUCUCUCUAGAGGACAGAGACAAGAAGUGUUCAUUGUCAUCUACUUAGCAGAUCGAAAUGAGGCAUGCAGGCAAAAUACAGAGAUGGAAAUAAGACUUAAAUAUCCAAACUUUGUACGAACAUGUUUCAUUAGAUUUUUACGCCCACCCAACGUUUCGGUAUUCUACCCUCCUCUCAUAAAUAAGCCCGAAACUGAUUGUGACAAAAAACUAAUUUGGAGAUCGAAACAAAAUUUAGAUUUUGGUUUCUUACUUAUCCAGAGCCAGAAUUUAUCCUCUUAUUACCUUCAGUUAGAAGACGAUGUAAUAGCAGUCUCUAAGUUCUAUGGCGUUAUUAAAAAUACUAUCGAUCAGAGAGUCACUCAUUGGGUAUGCAUGGAGUUCAAUGAAUUAGGAUUUAUAGGCAAGCUGUUUCGAUCACGUGAUUUAAUGUCCUUGGCAACGAUGAUUGUAGAGUGGUACGAGCACACACCAGCUGAUGACACAUACAUUGAAUUCUAUAAAAGACAAAAACAAAAAUCAAGGAUUCUUAUUCAACCAACACUUUUUCAACACAUUGGUAUACACUCAUCUCUAGAAGGCAGAAUUCAAAAGCUCAAAGAUCCUUAUUUCGAAGGUGAUACUGAGAGCAGAGUAUCUGCAAUUAGAAACCCUUCAGCAAGUAUAACCACGUCUAUGAAAAUUGAUUUUCAACACCUUCCUAGGGAUUGCUAUGAAGGAUCUAGAGGAUUCUUUUUAACAUCCGAGCCAGUCGUAGCAGGAGACACAUUCUAUGUUUUAUUCUUAUCACUACAGAAUGUAUCAAGGAUAUUUGUACAAACGGGACUUGCUCUUGGAAAAGGACAUUUUCUGCGGGAAGGGGUGUUAGAAUUAGGUGGAGACUUUGAAUGCACAAAAAGAAUGUUCACAGUCAUUUAUCAGUUCAAUAUGGGAGUGAUUGACGCUGUUGUCAACAAAAACAAUGUGCGCUGUAUUCAGAUAAGGGUAAUAACCAGUCAAAACAAUUUACUCAUGAUUAAGGAAAUUUCCAUAUUUUCUGUAUGA